CACUCGAGCUCGCCUCGACACCCGCGCUCCAACUUUUCCCAAUGCCUCCACGGUAGCACUGUCGACACCUAGAUAUCUGGCAAAUAUCUAGGCGCAACCAUGUCUUAUUCCCAGCGCGAGACUCCGAUUCUGGCAGAGCUCUGCACCUUCCUCGUCGAGCAUGUCUACGGCGAACUUGCGGCGCGUGUCUUCUCCGUGCUCGCGCGAUUCGGCCGGCAACGCCUCGGCGACCUCUCCCGCGCCUCCUACCUGAACGGCCGGCAGCUCAAGUACGGCCUCGUUAUCCUCAUCCAGCAGCACCUCGUCUUUCACUCUCCCGCCGAUGCAAAGUACAUGUUCUACGAGAUCGACUGGCAACACUCCUAUGCCUUGGUCCGCUGUGGGAAGAUCGCGAAACUUGUCGAAGACCGCUUUGGCAAAAAGGCCGCCAACGUCGUAUCAAAUCUGUUGACGCUGGGGCACACGCGCAUCGCUGACCUGAAGGAGGCAUACUUUCCUUCGCACACCGACAGCGAUGACGAGUCAGACGAUGGCAUAGUGAACGGCGUCGGGUUGAGAAAGGGAAAAGCGAACGGCACCCGCCUAAACGGCGCGGUCGAAAAAAUCAAUGGCACUGCCAACGGGAAACCUACGGACGAUGAAGACGCGAAACCCGCCACCGAGACCCUUGCCAACGGCGUCAAUACCUCGAAAGCCACCUCAAACCCGGUCAAGGUGAACGGUGUCUCGAAGGAAACAACCGAUCGAGACACAACAGACGGGAGCGAGGAACUAGAUGAUGGUUCUAUCGGAUCUGCAGAGGAGCUGCAUGCCACAAUCCAGCUGCUGAUGGAACGUGGGUGGGUGAUGAAGGUCGAGGACGCGCAGUAUCUUUCGCCUGGAGAUCUCCAUGACAUUGCGCGACGACAGGCCGCCGACGAGAUUUUCGGCGGUAUCAUUCCCACGGGCACAAAAGACAAGGACAAACUCGCAGCAGGCACCCAGCAGCACAAACGACGGAUUCGCGAUGCUUGGUUAGAGGUCCCACAAGCAUGCACACGGAAACGGAAGGCCGCCGACACGGAUUAUGGGGCCUCGAAUAAACGCGUCAAGGUGAAUGGUGGAUAUGGAGUUAGCGGUGCCACCAGCGGCAACAAUGAGGACGACCUUGUCGUCCGUGUUAACCCUGAGAAAAUUGCUGUUGCAAUGCGCACCGAGCAGCUAGUCCACCUUGUCGAGCAACGGCUCGGCUAUACUACAGCACGCAUCUAUCAGAUCAUGCUACGGAUGCUCGAAUCCAACCUCGCGCGCUGCUACGAAGAGUACCCAGAUCCUCCCCUUGCUGAUCCGGAGAAAGCCCCGGAUAACGGCAUUGACCCGCGCCUUCUUGUCACCACGCGCGAUGUUGCGAAGCAGACCAAGGAUCUCGACAUUUGUGAAGGGCUAGACCCGCAUGCCAUUGCCCAGAUCACGAAGAGGACGCACGUUGAAAAACGAACAAACGUCCUGUCCCAGCCUAUCGACCCAUCUACGCUGAGCCACGAUGAGCGCGUCAGAAUAGUCCACAAACACAUCUCGCUGCUUUCCGAGGACCCGUUUCACUUCGUCACCUGGCACACGCGCGCCGGCUACUCGCAAUGGCGGAUUGAAUUCGACGAGAUCAUGAAAGGGCUCAUUCAGCACGAGAUCGAGAACACAAUAGCAUCCCGAAAAGGUGCUUUGGGCGUCAAGUUGAUCCGAGCACUGAGGAAGAAGGGCAAGUUAGAUGAGCGACAAACGUGCAACACUAUGAUGAUGUCCGCCAACGACAUCCGCGGCAUCGUCAACGACCUCACGGUCCAAGGCUUUGUCCAGACGCAAGAGAUUCCAAGAGUGGAGAGGCGAGAAGCCAAGCACUCCAUCCACCUCAUCUGGUACGACCGGCAGCGCGCCCGCGAGAAGCUUCUCCACGACACAUACAAAGGCAUGGUCCGCAUCAUGCAGCGUAUCGCUUUCGAGCGGGAAAAGGUGCAACCACUGCUCGCCAAAGCGGAACGGUCGGACGUGGUCGGCAACGAAGCGAAGUAUCUCAGCAAAGGCGAACUAGAGGCGCUGAAAAAGUGGAAAGAGGUGGAGGAGAAGCUGCUUUUGCAGCUAUUCAGGGAGGACGAUUUGGUGGCUACACUGCGCGAUUUCAUUGGACCUUUAGUCUCGGUCUAAAUUCUGCAUGUGCAUUGAUAUUUAUGGGUAAGGUGGCGCGGACUGGGAGCCUUUUUCCCCUUUGAUUAUUACAAAAGCAUGGGUAGGGACGAGAUACCCCCGCGCACGGAACGGAGUUCGAGCUCUGUAUACUGCUGCAUUUACAGGAGCACUGCGCGAUUUGAAUACUACUCAUAGGACAUGCAAUUUCACACCACGUACGAG